AUGACGCACGUUGAACACGACAAUGUCAACUGCGCCCUCCUCCUCCCAUUCGUCGACUGCGCCCUCCUCCUCUCCUCCUCCCUCCAAUUCGCCGACUGCGUCCUCCUCCUCCAUGGGCUCGAUCCGAUUCCGCAGCGUGUCGUCCCCAGAGGCGCUGCUGCGCGGGAGGCGGCCGCGGGCACGCUGGGCUCGAUCAGCGGCUUCCCCUCAAGCUUGCGUCCCACAUCGUCGGAUUCCUGCACGGUAUUCGGAUUUUGCUAUUUGCUCGUGUGCUAUUGCAGAUUUGUCAAUGGGCCCAACUUCGUCUCUGGCCAGUCGGGCGCCGGCAACAACUGGGCCAAGGGUCACUACACCGAGGGCACCGAGCUGAUUGACGCCGUGCUCGAUGUCGUCCGCAAGGAGUCUGAGGGCUGCGACUGCCUCCAGGGCUUUAUUUAUACGGCCUAUAUUCUCAAAUAUUCUUUAUAUUCGUCCCGCUGA